AUGGCUGGCAUAUGGUCAUCGAUCAGAAAGGACAAAGAUGGAAUUUGGACAUGUCUUCUUACAGCCGCAACAACAAUAUUUAUUGAGUAUCUGAAAGGCGCCAAAAAUCGCAGUCUGGACAGAACCUGUGAAAUUCAGCUAGAAUUACAUGCGCAGUACCUGCUGGUCAUGUUUAAUCAUCACCUCAAAGAGGUGAGGAAGUGCGCAGAUACUUGUCUAACGAAUUUGAUCGGGAGCUUCCCGCAUUUGCUGUGGAAUGGCAAUUUCAUAAAUGUGGCACUGCAAGUCCUGGAAGCGCUCUCAAAUAAUCUUGAGAACGAUACCGACUGCAAAACUAUGACGUUGUCUUUUCCAUCACUGAAGUGGACUAUCCAGCUUCAGGACACGCUGGAGCAGAGAAAAUUAAUUGUGCGAGAUUUUUCAUUACGCUGCGAACAGAUUCUCCAAGAGGCAAUCAAGUGGGCGCCAGGCAGUACACGCAGUCAUCUCGUUGAAUAUAUAUCGAGCAUCAAUCCAUCGUGUAGCGAUAAUCUUCGUUUGACAGUCGAAGCUGUCUCAAAGGGCUUAAAGGACACUUCUAGUGCUACUGCUGAGUCCGGUGGAGCAUCGCUAUAUCUUUCAUCUUUGCAUCUAAGGUCGUUAUAUCUUGGAAAGGUUAGGAGAAGUGGAACUAUCGAAAUUGUACUUGGAGAGAGGCCGGAAAUGUAUUCGGCACAACAGUUGAUAGCAGAAACGGCCAUAAAAAUUACGUUAAAUUAUUCUAUGAAAAUUUGUGUUCCAGGUGAAAGGUAUGAGAGCUGUGUGUAA